CGGAGAAAAACAUACAUCCACCGGUUGACGGGAAGAAUGACUCCUGGUAGAAAGGAGCCGGACAUAAUCCGUUUAGUGUCGUAUUGCUCAUGAUGUGCGUGCAAGGGCCAAUGUCAAGUGUACUCGUCGAUCUCAAUGGAGGCAGGUGGUGGCGAAAUUGUCAUGUCCUUUGGGUGGGCGAGAUUAAUAGGGUUACCAAGCUACAGCAACUCCCGACGUGAUACCUCUCCACAAGAGAUUCACAGCCGUGCAUUCACGGAGCACAAUCGAUCGAUAAGGAUUAAGUCACUGCAUGUGGACACCGGGCAGAUCGAGAGAGAGAGAGUGUGUGUGUGUGCAAGUGAGAGCGAACGGACAUGGGGGGGGAAGGAGGGGGGAGACGAUCAGAUAUACUACUUUCGAUUAAACGAUGCGCGCUGGGAGACUAGAGUAUGGGACCGUCCCGGGGGUGCCACCAGGAUCCAGAGAUUCGGUUGGGGCACACCUCGAGUUGCCUCUUGCACAUCUUGGUUACUCAGUUACUCAUACUUUUUUGAAAAGGGUCCGUGUGGAAAUCCCACUUUUCCAGUCGAUUUCCCUCAUUGCGCCGAGCUUAACCUCAGGGGCACGAUGGAAAGGUGGAGUCGGUGCAGUGCAUUGCACCGACAGGCUUGCUGCGACAACGCCAGGGAAGGAAGUAAAGUUCCACGCUCCGUCGGGGAUUCCAAUCGACCAUCGAGGUGCAUGAAUAUUGAUGGAAGGAAUUAGACGAAGAAAGGGUCAGUCUAGCCAUUCAGUAGUAGUAUCGGUAGGGCACAGCACCGCCUGGUAAAAGCGGGGGUUUUUUUUCG